AUGAGUUCACCAGUUCAAAACCUCAUGAUCUCUCUCGGAGCCAUGCAAUUGGCCCGAAGAAUCAAUUUCGAGGAUCCAACCAACUUGAACUACGUCCGCAUCGCUUAUGUUGCUACGCAGCUUGUUAUUCUGGGUAUCUACUACUACGUCUCUCUCGCUGUGAAGCGUAAAAACGACCAGACGGUAUUGAAAUAUGUUGAACCCCCUAGUGCUAUGUCCCCGAAUGAGCCCCCCAAACUCGUCACCAUAACCGUCCGCGAUUACGACCUCGCAGAAGUAUCCAAACUCCUCCGUUCGGCGUACAUGGGUAUCGCCAUGAUGGCCUUCCUCCAUGGUUACCUCCACUACACUCAACCCCUUUUCGUUCAAUCCCUCACGGGGCUCAAAGGUAUCUAUGAUGCUAAGCCUGUCGCAAUUCACCUCCUCGGGAAGGACAUCAAGCGGCCCUUCAAGACCGACAGCAUGUUUGGCCAGUCCACGGGACCCCAGACUGAUGCUGCUGCCAUUGCAGAGGCAGAGAAGAAGAUUGGGGCUAAGAAGGAUGAGUAA